AUGAGUCACUGGAGUCUGAAAGUUCAUCGCUUGAACGUGAAUGACUACUGUACUGUUGGAGGCCAGCGGACCAGUGAUUGCCAAUGGCUAGGGGACCCUGCCCGGGCUGGCCCACAGACGGCAGUUAGGGAAGAGAGUGUGUCAAGAGGACUGGUCAAUGGGGCCUCAGCUGCCCUCUCUCACAGACAGAACUUCCCAGUGACCUCGCUCUGCACCAGGCCUCUCUCUCCAUCCCGCUCCCUCCCAGGGCUGCAGGCCGAGGAACCACAUUCCCUCACAUUCCAGCCCCCCGAAGCUCCUCCAGGGGUGACCUUCAACACUUCUCCCAUCUGGGACAUUUGCACAGGAGUCCCCUCGAGCUCCUCGGAGCUGCUGCCUGCAGACUGCAAUGCAACAAGAACACGGUUUCCAACCCGCCACCGUCCCGGAAAUAAGUUACAGGCUAGCCAACGGUAUGCGAGGGGCGUCUAG